AUGCCCGGCGACGAGACUCUUUCAGCCAGCAGCAGGGUCAACAAGAUUCCAAUCCUGUCAACUCUUGCGAAGUCGGCGAGCCAGGAUGCAAAGCUUUGUUUUGCAGCGAGAGGGCCAGUUCCAUGGGCUGUUGUGAGGCAGAAGAGGUGUCCCGUGGGGCGCAUCGUCUACUUUGCUGUGAGCUACAUGGUGAUUCAAGCCGGACGAGGUCCUGGAUUUGCUUCAACUCCCUGGCUGGCCACUGCAGCUUGUGCGCACUGUCUCUGCCGUGCAGCCCUGGCUCGAGAGAGGGUGGCCUUGACUUUUCCGGGCAUGAAGCGACCAGCGCAGAACAGGAACCAUGGCACGUCCAACGCGGCCCUCCUCUCGGUGCUGCGGAAGAUACCCAAGGGGCAGACGCGAUCAAAGAUGGAGGUUUUCCGACAAGUCUUGCAAGAGCUCGGUCGUGGAGAUGAAGGUAUUGACACAGGCAUUCGAGCUCAGCUAGGCAGUCAACUGCAAGCAGUGGUCGCUCAGCGGGCUCAUGGCUGGCACCGAGUGGUGAGUUCUGACGGAGGUUUCUGGAACAAGGAGCAACUGCCGCUUCUCCAAACCGAAGGGGCACGGCCAAGGUCUGGUGAAUCUGUGCUUUCCUGGGCAGGAAGGUGCAAGGCGAUAUUUGUGGCUACUUAUCGUGCUUCUUCGGGCCGGCUUGCCUUGACGUGUCAUGACCCACGUGUGGAGAAAUGGCAGCCUGAAGCUGUGGAGCCACUGCAUAGCAAGGCUACUCUGAAGGAGCGCCUCGUGCUCUCGGGCGGCAAGUUUUUUUUCCAUCCGGACAUCCCAAAGCCGCUGCCUCCCGCCUUUCCACGCAAGCGUUCCUCGCAGAAGAAGCCGUGCAAGACCUUCAAGGCAGCAAUGAAAAUGGUGCGGCCGAGACUGCAUCAGGCCUUGGGCGCCGCCGAGUUUGCAGAACUUCAGCGGACAGGGGCGGUGCGACUUCGCAGUAUCUUGCAUUCCGAGGAAUGUGCAGAGUUGCUGGACUUCGCGUCACGCGCCAAUUUCCCGGAUGUGCGCCGCCUCGAUGGGGAGGCUGGUCGAGGUGGUGCUUACCACUUUUGCGAAGGGAGUCCUCCACCCCUUGUCGAAGCAAUCCGCACCUCGUUGUACGAAUCCAUCCUGGAUCAUCUGCCGUCGCUGUCGCAAAGAUUCGGCAAGAGCCUAGCAGAUCUGGAGAAACGAUGCCGUGCUGCCGGGCAGCGACGUUCUGCAACCAUUUUCUUGGCAUUUGGCGAGGGUGGGGUCAACCUGGCGCAUCAGGAAGCCGGUGGCCGUUUUGGACAAAGCCUUCAGCAGCGCUUGGCAUCGACGAGAAGAGAAGGGACUUCUUGGGACGGUGGGCCGCGGCUCGCCAAGGGAAAGUAUCCGGCUUUCGACGUGGAUCCCGAUGCUAACCAGCAGGCGGUGGCUAGGACGUGGAGGAGCAAGGGGCGAUUAGCAGUGACUCUGCCUCGUCGGACGGGCCCGAGCAGGAGUUGCGCGCUGAGGCGCGGGUCCGCGGGUUCUGGGAGUGGCGAGGCUUCUCCGCUCUCUGAAGUGACAUCACGCAAGACGGCAAGGACUCAGGGGAUACAGACUGCAGCCACGACCGGUGAUCGAGUGAGCCUCGGAGGUUUCGACACCUGUCUGGUUUUCACCACGAGCCGGUUCCUGACUAAGUAG